AUGAAUCAGAAAGAACAGAUGGAAUCAGAAGAAGAGCUAAAUCUCACCCUCUCCCUUCGGUUUGGGACUUCAAAUGAAACUACUACCCCUCUUCAAACAAACCUAUGUCUCAUGAAAAUACAACCAACUUCUUCUAACCCUAACCCAUCGUCUUCGUCGACCUCAUGUUCCAACAACACCAAUCCUUCCUUGGCAUCUUCCAACCACAACCCAAACCCUCCAAACGCGCCUGCUGAAGCACCCGAAAGUGUGCCCACAGUCACACGCUCUUCCGGUAGUUCUCGUCGCACUUCACGACUCAAAAGAACGAGCAAAACCGUUACUGCACCAUUUCCUUGGGCCAAGAAUCAACGCGCCACCAUCCACCGCCACCAAUACCUAAUGGAGAAUAAUGUUCACACCAUCACAGGAAAGCUUUACUGCAGGAGGUGCGAGCACGAGUUUGAAUUGGGUCUGAAUCUAGAAGACAAACUUGAUGCCUUAAUCCAAUUCAUUACGAGAGAGAAUGAGAAGUGGCAUACUAGAGCCCCACUGGUUUGGUUGAGUCCAGUGUGCCCAAAGUGUCCCCUUUGCGACAGAGAAAACAGCACCAGACCUGUGAUUGCACCAAACAAAAAGGACAUUAAUUGGUUGUUUUUAUUGCUGGGUCAAAUGCUUGGGUACUGCACGCUUGAGCAUCUCAAAUACUUCUGCAAGCACAAUGAGAUUCAUCGAACAGGUGCCAAAGAUCGUCUCCUUUAUAAUACUUAUAAGGGCCUAAUCCUUCAGCUUCUACCUGAUUAUUUACAUUUAUUUGAUUCUUGA